AUGCAUAAUAGAUUGAGAGUUUCUGCCUCUGCUAAGGGGAAUAACACAUCAUCAUCUUUGCCGAACUCAGCAACUGCUCCUGUGACUCAGAUCCAAGAAGCAAUCUCUGAUAAUUACGUGAUGAUUUUCUCAAAAACAUUUUGUUCUUACAGUACAAUGAUAAACAUGCUUUUGCAGGACAUGAAUGUUAAUUAUAAAGUUGUGGGAUUGGACAUGCUUGAAUAUAGAAGCCAGAUUCAAGAUGUUCUUUACAAAAUGACCAGUGAAAGAAGUGUGCUAAAAAUAUUUGUCAAUGGAACUUUUAUUGAAAAUGCAAUAGAUACUUAUAGGCUUCACAAAGAAGAGAAAUUGCUUCUACUAUUUCAUCAGUGUUAUGUUUUAAAAAGUGUGAGGAAAGAAUUUUAG